GCACGAGCUGUCCUGACCCCAAGUCAAACCUCCCUCUCCACCUUAACCUUUGCACUCGUUCGACCUUCAUCGCGAUAUUGCAUUGCAGUUGGUUGUUGACUUGUAUUGAUUGUCUCUUUUAACGUCGUCUUUAUCGUCUUUAAUUCUCCUUCACUUGACCGUUUUACCCUUGUACUCGAGUAAUCAACAGACAAGAUGGCUUCUGCAGCUGCCGAGAACGCUUCACCGAUUGGUAUUGCCAAUCUGCCCAACCAGCGACACAAGAUUGUCGCGAAGCGUGGCGCCGGCUUCACUAUUAUGGUUGCUGGCGAGUCUGGUUUGGGCAAGACUACCUUCAUCAACACUCUCUUCUCUACCACCAUCAAGAACUACGCCGAUCACAAGCGACGCCACCAGAAGCAGGUCGACAAGACCGUCGAGAUUGAGAUUACCAAGGCCGAGCUUGAGGAGAAGUUCUUCAAGGUCCGAUUGACCGUUAUCGAUACCCCCGGAUUCGGCGACUAUGUCAACAACCGCGACUCUUGGAUGCCCAUCAUCGAGUUCCUCGACGACCAGCACGAGUCUUACAUGCUCCAGGAGCAGCAGCCCCGCCGUCAGGACAAGAUUGAUCUCCGUGUCCAUGCCUGCUUGUACUUUAUCCGCCCUACCGGCCACACCCUCAAGCCUCUCGAUAUUGAGGUCAUGAAGCGCCUCUGUUCGCGCGUUAACUUGAUCCCUGUUAUCGCCAAGGCUGAUACUCUCAGCCCUGCCGACCUGGCCAAGUUCAAGCAGCGAAUUGUCUCUGUCAUCGAGGCCCAGAACAUCAAGAUCUACCAGCCCCCGAUCGAGGAGGACGACGAGGCCGCUGCCCAGCACGCUCGCAGCCUUAUGAACGCCAUGCCUUUCGCCGUUAUCGGUUCCGAGAAGGAUGUCAAGACUGGUGAUGGCCGCAUCGUUAAGGGUCGCCAAUACUCUUGGGGUGUCGCCGAGGUUGAGAACGAGGACCACUGCGACUUCAAGAAGCUCCGCUCUAUUCUGAUCCGAACACACAUGCUCGACCUUAUCCACACCACCGAGGAGCUGCAUUACGAGGCUUACCGCGCCCAGCAGAUGGAGACCCGCAAGUUUGGCGAGGCCCGUCCCCGCAAGCUCGACAACCCCAAGUUCAAGGAGGAGGAGGAGGCUCUCCGAAAGCGAUUCACCGAGCAGGUCAAGAUCGAGGAGCAGCGCUUCCGACAAUGGGAGCAGAAGCUCAUUUCCGAGCGCGACCGCCUCAACAAGGAUCUCGAACAAACUCACGCUCAGAUCAAGCAGCUCGAGCAGGAGCUGGAGCAGAUGCAGGGCAGCGCUGUCCGCAGUCACGGCCGCCGCUAAGCGAUAUCGAGUGGACCGUUAUGCGUGCAUGCAUGGCUGCAGUUGGACAGUCAUUUCAAAUUUCUUUUACCUGGAGCUCCAUUUUGGGGUUUGGAGUUGAAAAAUGAAAGGUCCGAGAAAUACCAGAAGAAGAGGACUGUUGGGGGAUAAAGAGUCCCCGGGUAUACCUGCUCGCUUUACCUGCUGAGGUCACGAAUGAGUUGCCCUUUGUGGGACUCGUUAUCAUGGCCACGGCAUGUUGUGUAGGAGUUAUGAUUCCCUCCCCACGAUUUUGUGUUUGUUCUUGGUUGCUGUACCGGCAGCUCACACCUACAAGUACGAGACGCCUUCGAAGCGAACAAGACGUAUGGAGAAAGCCUUGAUAGUCUUGCCCUUUUUUUUUAUUACAACCUUUUACUAGAGCCCUUUCCCUCAGCUAGGCACAUUUUAGUUCCGAUGUAAUUUCAAUCACAACAUUUUAUGAUACCAGCCUCGGUUUUGAAGUGCUUUCACCAUUUGUGGUAGAACCUCGAUAAUAGAUACCCAGUCCUAUGAACCUUUGCCAAUAAUAUCCCAUUGUUUGUACAAAAGUUGAUCCGUGGAAACAAUUACCAAACUCCAUGCUGCCGAUUGACUGAUUCAUAUUCGAAAGAAAAGCCCUGUCCAUUGACAUAUUGUGAAUUCGGACUUUGAAACAAGUCCAAGACCACAAUUGUCUUUCCAUCUAGGACAUUACCCCCGACUCCAAUUGCUAUAAGGCAUCCAUGCUGGCUCGAGUAGUCAGUUGCUCGUUCUUGUUUCCAAGUCGCGAAAUCUGCAGAAACAUAUCCGUUCCGUAACCUUCAAGGCUAUGUAAGUCGAGGUUUCCGGCCCAGUACUCGGCGUAGACGCGACUCAAGGGCAGGCCCAUGCCGAGCCGCAGAUUGGGCGGUCGGC